CCAACGGCAGUGCGCGGCGAUCACUCGGCAACUCGUGUUACAAAACUAAAUUUUCGAUUUAUUUACCAAUAAUAAUACCGCGUUGAUGAUUAAACAAGUUAUUAUCGAAUAUUUACACACGUUGAGCUACCUCGGUUGAUGGUGCACAAUGACAUUGUUUUGGAGUCUGUGAUUUAUGGAAUUUAUUCGUGGAAAUGCGGCAAAUGGUGCACUAACGACGAUCGUUUUAACAGCAACAAGUGGUGGGUGCUUGGAUUUUCGGUGUGCUAACUCCAUAACCUCAACUGAUUUAUGGAAUUCGGGGGGGGGGCCGGAUUUUUUUUUUCAUCGCAAGUGAAAUGAGAGUGACGAGUUGAGGGAAUAUCGGUACAACGGAGAGUGCGAGUCUCACCGACGGCGCGGGCUCGGGAGAUACACGGAUUCCUACGCGUUAUUGUCUGUGAUUAUUUUUUAGUUGUUGAUUUUUUUUGUUGUUUUUGGGUUUUUAUGAGUUAUUUAUUUGGUGAGUGGAGCACGUGGGGUUGAGCAGCUCGGGGAGCGGCCGGAGGAGCUCGGCGCUAUUGCGCCUGGCGGGGCUCGUUUUUGAGAAUUUGGUUUUUGAGGGGUUUUUGAGAAAGAUGCAGAUGAUGGGGGAAAAGGGCCCGACGCAUCUUGUCGCGCUCUAUGUGGCCACUGCUGGAAUGCAGGGCAAUGCACUGGGCAGUGAUGAGGAGGAGAUUAUUUUGAUGGUGUACGUGCUUAUUGAUGCGCUCCAAAAUAAGGUUAUGGGUCAACAACAGUACAUCGUUCAACCGUGGUCAAUGGCUCCAAAUGCCAAACAGACGGAGGACGAGAAUAAUUCAACGACAGUUGAGGGCAGUGGUGUUGUCAGUGAAACGGCGUUGGCGCAUGCGCCGAGUUUAGAUGAGCAAGUCCUCAAGGAACAGGGGAUUCCCCUGCAAACCGCCAUUCAACAGUUCGAAACUUGGUGGUCAUCCCUGACAUGCGUAUCCGCCGGAAGUCCGCCUCGUUUCGUCGUCGAUGGCCAAGCACCCCUCCGCCAAUGCCUUCACCCAGAGUGCUACAAGAAGGACCUAGACUUACCAGAGCACUACAACGUAUUUCACGAUUUGAGAAAAGAAUUCACCUCGUGCUACUCGUCCCAGGGGGAGUUGGCGACCCUCAGCAUACAGGAGAUGAUACAAUAUUUUGGAAUUGCAGCUGAUGUAGAGAAUGAUUUUCACGUUAAGGAGGUUCAGGAUAUGAUUAAUGUUAUUCAGAGGAUGAUCAAGGAUGGCCACGUAUUCCAGAAUCCCGAAGUUAUAAAUCUUAUUUUGGAGCCCGGUAUAUGUUCCAAGGAUGAAGAAGUAGACAAUAAUUGUGUAGUGAGAGCACGUGGAUUACCUUGGCAAUCCUCAGAUCAGGACAUUGCCAAGUUUUUCAGAGGACUGAAUGUUGCCAAGGGUGGAGUUGCGUUGUGUUUGAGCCCUAUGGGCAGACGUAACGGCGAGGCACUUGUACGUUUUGUGAGUAAAGAGCACAGAGACAUGGCGUUAAAGAGGCAUAAGCAUCAUAUUGGCUCGAGGUACAUCGAAGUGUACAAAUCAUCGGGUGAGGAGUUUGUCAGAGUUGCUGGUGGUGCAAGUGGCGAGGCCCAUGCAUUUCUAUCCAGAGGGGCUCAAGUCAUCGUGAGAAUGCGGGGACUACCCUACGACUGCGUUGCUAAACAAGUUAUUGAAUUCUUUGCUGGCGGUCAAAAUCCCUGUCAGGUGUUGGACGGUGAGGAAGGUGUAUUAUUCGUGAAAAAGCCGGAUGGCCGAGCAACGGGAGAUGCAUUCGUUUUGUUCGCUAAAGAGGAAGAUGCUGAGAAAGCUCUAAGCAAGCAUCGUGACUGCAUUGGCGUCAGAUACAUUGAACUAUUCCGUAGUACAACGGCAGAAGUGCAACAGGUAUUGAAUAGAGCAAUUGAUGCUAAACCACAGCCUGAUAUUCCACCGAUGCUGCCGCUGCCACCGCAACUGCUUCCGCAGUAUGUCAUCACGUCGGGAACGAGAAAAGACUGUGUUAGAUUACGUGGACUACCUUAUGAGGCGCUCGUUGAGCAUAUCCUUGAGUUCAUGGGUGAAUACGCUAAACAUAUUGUUUAUCGUGGAGUUCAUAUGGUUUAUAAUGCGCAGGGUCAGCCCUCGGGUGAAGCCUUCAUCCAAAUGGACAGUGAGAAUUCAGCGUUCGCAUGUGCCUCCCAGCGUCACCACCGCUACAUGAUAUUCGGCAAGAAGCAGCGUUACAUCGAGGUAUUCCAGUGCAGUGGUGACGACAUGCACUUGGUGUUGACUGGUGCUGCACCACUGCCCGCUAAAUCGCUACUCUCAUCCGGUACGUUGAGCACACACACACCCCCGGCAAUAGCAGCGGCACCAGCCGCCCAACCCCCCCAAAUACCCGUACAACAGACCCAACAGGCCCCACUAUGGGACAUACACGCAUUAGUCCAGGCACAGGCACAGGCUCAGGCACAAGCGGCUCAAGCACAGGCUCAGGCACAGGUUCAAGCAAUGAGAAAUCAGGAUUUGUGGUUGAUGGCUAUUGCCAGUAAUCAGACUAAUAAUUCGCCUAGCAAUGCUGGAUCAUCACCAGGUGGUGCUGGUGGUGUUGCUACGAGUAAAGCACUUGCAUUACCACCACCUGGUCAGCAUCAAAUAUCAACUUACACAAUGUCACCUCAUGCUGCAUUGCAUCAGCAACAGCCACAUCCACCAUUACUAUUUUUCAAUGUGCCACAGAGAAUACCGAUUAUGCGCACACCCCAGCCACAUCCCACUAUCUUGCCACCUAUUAUUCAAACACCUCCUAUCAAUCAUGCUGCUCUCAUGGGACUCAAGAGACCCUGGGAUAAUGCAUUUCCUGCUGAUGCUGUUGGCAGUGUCCCUAAACGUCCUGCUUGGCAGACAUCUGCUGCUGCUGCUGCUGCUGCUGCUGCAUUCCACACUGCUGGACCCACUGUUCCUGGGCUUUAUCCUGCUCAAUUUUAUCCACAGAUUUAGGGGGCAAUGAAUUGGGGGCGGAGAGGGAGUGCUAUGGGUUCAAGGGUUUUUGGGGGUCGAAUUUUCUACAGGUCUUUAUUGAGAUAGUUCCAUGAUGGAGAUGAUGGGGAAAUUAGUUCAGUUACGAAGCGGUAAAACGGUCCAAGUCGAUUUUGACUAUUGGCCUGUUUUCAAUAAAUAUCUGGGAAUC